UAACCUUAGCUUAGUAUGAAGGCAUCAUACCAUGGCGCGGUUUGUUCUUAAGAACGUCAAUUAACUGUUGAUAUUUGUACACCCACGAAGUAGGCUAGGCUAACGUCAGUUCCGGUUUUUGACCAUUAACGUUACAUUCACUUGCAUAUCCUCCCGCCGAGUUCGUUGGAACCCACCCCCCGCCCCCAUGUACUUACCAUGGUUACGCCCUUGAUUCAAAUAAUUCCACACAAGAGACAUCAUCUUACUACUACUACUACUACUGUACUCCAUCAUUUUAAACAAGAAGAAUUUAAUGCAAACUUUAAGGCAACACUGUCCUGCCAUUCCUAAUAAAAUCCCUAUUAUUCUUAUUACUCGCAAACAUGUGUAAAUACAGUGCAGUAUUGACGCAGUACACAGUUACUUCACCGAGUCGCUCUAAACUUAAGUUCAUCCAUUUUAGUUGGCGUCAGACGUCAACUACGACGUCAGACAAAUGACGUCAGACAACGUCAGCAACAGAACAGAAUAUUCUCUCCACAAGACCUGAUCUAUUUAAACAUAAACACAAAUACAAAUACACUUGUGUUACGCUCGUAGUGGCUGUUUUUCACCUGUGAAGAAAGUACACCUGAAAGAUAUGCGCCAACAGAAGAAAUCAGAUUUAAACAUCACCCAGCACAGUGAAUGCAGGAAGGCAGUGGGGAGGAGAUGCAAAAAUGUACCCCACUCAAACUUGAGUGACCUGAACGUGCUGGACGAGAGCUCCAGCAGCUUCUUUGUGUCACCGAACCAACCCCAAGCAGAACUCUUACCAAAGACUCACUAUUACCUGAGAAUCAAUCGAAGACUUGCCAACAGGGGUGAUCAGACAAAAUCUGAGUCCUUGUCCCAGCAACAGCCUGCAGACCCCAGAGCUCAGCGUCAAGGGUUUAAGGAGACAGACCAGCCCAAGUCAAAAAGUACUGGCCAAAAGAGGUCCAUUAGCCAGACAAAUGCAGACACUCCUCAGCGGAAGAGACAAAGAACACAGGAAAAUAAAAGGAAAGCAGGACCCUCCAGUUCAUCUAACAAACCUCCUCACUGUGCUUGCAAUGAACAUUUGAAGGUGUAUGAGUUGGGACAGCUGCUGGGCACAGGAUCAUUUGGCAGUGUGUUUGCUGGGAUACGCAAAAAAGAUGGAUUGCCAGUCGCAAUCAAGUACGUCUCCAAACAGAAAGUAGAUGAAAAACUCGAGAUUAACGGACAAGGCUGGCUGCCCAUAGAGAUUGCUUUGAUGAUCAUGGUAAACACAGAACCAUCCUGCUCAAACAUCCUACAGAUGCUGGAGUGGUAUGAUGACCCAGACUACUACAUCAUGAUCCUGGAACGGCCCAAGCCAUGCGAGGACCUGGCUAACUUUUGCCAAAAGCAUGACGGGCCCUUGACUGAGAGUACGGCACGUAUUGUAAUGUUUCAGCUGAUGAAGGCACUGAAGCAUUGUAAGAGCCGUGGAGUACUUCAUUGUGAUGUCAAGCCAGAAAACAUUCUGAUUCAGACAGACACACUGAAAGUCAAGCUGUUUGACUUUGGUUGUGGAGACGUCAUCAAAGAGUCUUACACGGACUUUGCAGGCACAAUUGAAUAUACCCCUCCUGAGUGGUUCAUACAGAAGCGGUUUCUGGCAGACCCAACUACCGUCUGGUCUGUGGGCGUGACGCUGUACAGACUAGUGUGUGGCUCUCUGCCUUUCAAGAACAGGAAGGCAAUAAAAGAGGGCCAUCUGCGCUUCACCAAAAAUCUGUCUCAAGAAUGCAGCCAUCUGAUCCGUUGGUGUUUGCGUAAUAAAGCAGCAGCCCGCCCCAGCCUGGAGCAGCUAGAGCUUCACCACUGGUUUCACUUUCCAGGCAGUUCAAACUACUGGACACGAGACGGGGACGGCUGCACUGAAAUACAUCUGAAACCUUCAAAUACAUCUGACCCUUGAUAUUGUUUUAAAAUCCAAUCAUUUUCUAUUGUAUUUCAUAUUGUAUUAAAAUCAUCAGUUUCUUUUGCAAAAACAUUAUUCAUAUCAUGGUUAUUCAUUAAAGCAAUAAACCACAAGAGAUUACAGAA